AAACAAACAAAAUCACACUUCACUCACUACCCAAAGAAGAGAUGGCGACGUCGGGAACAUAUGUGACGGAGGUUCCACUGAAAGGUUCAGCGGAGAAACACUACAAGCGAUGGAAGAAUGAGAACCACCUCUUUCCUGACGCCAUAGGACACCAUAUUCAAGGUGUUGCCCUCCACGAAGGCGAUUGGGACUCUCAUGGAUCCAUCAAGAUUUGGAACUACACAUGCGAUGGGAAACAGGAAGUGUUCAAGGAGAAGAGAGAGCAUGACGACGAGAAAAUGGCGGUAACGCUCAGAGGACUCGAAGGUCACGUGAUGGAGCAGCUUAAGGUGUAUGAUGUAACCUUUCAGUUCAUUCAGAAAUCACCUGAUGACAUCGUUUGCAAAAUCACUCUAGUCUGGGAGAAGCGAAACGAUGACUCGCCUGAGCCUAUCAAUUACAUGAAGUUGAACAAGAGAAUCGCUGCUGACAUGGACAACCAUGUUCUCAAAGCAUAAAAUUAUAACCUACUGUGUGUAUGGUAUGUCUUGGUGUGGUGUUUUCAAUAUAAUAAAUGGGGCUCCUGUAUGGCUUCAGUAAUUUCUGUUACUGUUUGGGUUUUCUAUAAUAUGCGCUUUGUAUGUCGUUAAUUAUCGCUCCUUGUUAAUGAAUGGUUUUAGCUGUGA